UUUCAGGAUAACUUUGGCUAUGAGAAGAGUAAGAGAGGAAACUUAUUUUUUUUUUUUUUACAGAAUUCCAUAGUAAUUAGCAAGCAGUUGGCUGCUUUGGGACAGAUGCCUGUCAUAUAUACAAUUCUGAAGAGAAAAGUUUAUUUUCCACAAGAAAGAAUAAAGGAUGGGAAAUGGUAUAUCUCGGUACCAAUGACAACAAAUGAUGUGCUAAAAGAGGUUAAAGGAAAUCCAGUGGCUUUUCAAGACUGCUUUAUUGCAAAUAGUCUUUUCCUGCUGACUUCUCCUAUGUUGACAAUACCUGAGAUUCCUGGGUUUUUACCAAUAUCUUCACCACGGGGUAGUCAGUUAAUAGCAAAUUGGGCUGCUUGUGAUCCUUCAUUUGUUGUGGUGGUAGCUGACAUGGAGACCUUUCAGACAAAUGAUUCAUUCCAUACUUGGACCAGAAUCAGAGUGCCUCCAAAUAUUCUGACUGAAGAUGAAAGACACAAUGUGUCUGAUGUGACCCUAUCACGGGAUGGAAUUUUUUUCUUAAUAAAUGGUAUUCUUUACUUAAAAAAUUAUAAUACAUUUACAAGACUGGGAAGCAAUGCAAAUCUUCCUGAUGGUGGAAUUAUUGGCAUUACAUCAAGAAGGUGGUGUUGGAUCAACUAUUUAUUAAAGGAUAAAGAAAGAAGAAGCGACAUGGCAAUCUGGACAGAAAAUGAAGUUUAUCUUGGAUAUACUCUUCUUAAAUUUGUUAAAAUAGUAACUACUGAAAAACUGAAAGGACUUCUAAAUAUGUCACCAACUGCUACUCUGACUAUACACAGGGUUGAGUAUACAGGACACCCUUUGGAACUUGCCUUGUUAUUAAAUUACUGCAUUAUAUGUAACACCUCCAAAACAAUUUACCUAGUGAUAUACAAUGAAGAUACAAUACAAUGGGUAUUCCAAGACUUUGCAUUAGAUGUCACUAUUGGCACUUUUUUAAUUCCAUAUUUCUUAUAUUCAGCAAAGCCAGAAUUAUUACUAUGGGACAAACAUAGGAUCUACUAUUAUUACCAUAAUUUCACAGAUACUGGAGUUUUACAAACAACUACAGAAUUUGGAAAUCUAUCAAGAUUAUCACAAAACAGCAUUAUUCACAAUGUUCUUAUGGAUUAUUAUGGAAAUAUUGUGGUAAAAAUGGAAAACAAUGUAAUGUUUUAUUUCAAGCUUAAAGUCAAAGAUGCAAUAAAGCUACAUUUAUGGACAAAUAGCACAGUAAAAUCAUUAGUUUGCUUUAAACCAUCUGGUAGUAUGUAUCUCCUAUAUGUUUUUGAAAAUGGCAAAAUAUAUCCGGAAGAUUAUCCCUUAAAACUGGAAGCACAAAGUAUAACUUUCAAGACAAAAGAAAAGUGCCCCUACAUGGCAUUUCAUAAUGAUAUUGUUCAUUUUUCUUACCUUUUGGACAAGGGACAAAACCUGUCAGUUUGGGCUCAAAUAGUCUAUCCAGAAAAUAUUGGUCUAUAUAUCAUUGUAGAAUCAUAUGGCCCCAAAAUAUUAGAAAUGAAAAAUAAGAUUCACUAUGAAAUUGCCUCAGGAUAUUGCAGUAAAACCAUGACAAUAACAUUUUCUCAGAAUAUAAAUUAUGAGGCAGUAGAUGAUUAUUUCAAGUUGCAAUAUGAGAACACAGGUCUUCUGCUUGUCCACGUGAGACCCAGUGAACUUGCAAAAACAUGUCCAAUAUCCCAAAAGGUGUUCCAAAUAUCUGUUGGCUGUGAUGCUAGUAAAUUCAUUGCUGUUAAAGGAUUUACUAAAAAGGAAUGUCUUCAGCAUGAUUUUUUUUACAUCAUUGAACAGUCAUAUCUGAGGGAUCGACCAUCUAAACCAUUGAGAGUAAAAUAUAAUUGGGACAAAUACGGCUGCCCAUUGAGAGUUGAUUUCAGAGAAAAAUUUCGCCCUUUGGUUCAACUAUACAAUGACAAUGGUUAUGUUGAAGAUGUUGAAGUAAAUUUCAUAGUAUGGGAAAUACAUGGCAGGGAUGACUAUAGCUUUAAUAAUACUAUGAAGAAGAGCGGUUGUUUGAAUGAAGCUCAGACAUGGAAUUCAAUGAUUGAGCUUAACAAGCACCUCCCGUUAGAAGAAGUCUGGGGACCUGAGAACUAUAAGCACUGUUUUUCUUAUGCUAUUGGAAAACCAGGAGAUUUAAGUCAACCAUAUGAGAUUAUCAACAAGUCUAACUAUAACCAUUUGGUUUGGCCCUUGGACCAUUCUGGAAUGUAUGUGUUUCGUGUGAAGAUCCUGGAUCCAAACUAUAGUUUCUGUAACCUAACCACUAUAUUUGCAAUAGAGACCUUUGGAGUGAUUCCCAGUCCAAAUGCUUACACGGUUGCAGCUUUCCUCUUUCUCCUGAUGCUACUGUUCCUCAGUAUUCUCAUUUUGAGCUACUUCCAUUAUAUGAGGAUUUACAGAAAACAAAUUUAUGAACCACUGCACAAAUCUGAAAGAAGAAAAAAGAAAAACUAAGAGAAAUGAAAGUCUAUUUACUAUGAAUGUAGAAGUAUGUAUAUAUACUUACAUUGAGAGUGUAUUUUGACCAAGAAAUAUUAGGUAUAAGCUCAUAGUAUUAUCAAAUUCAAAAUCUGAAAAUUGUUCUCAAAUUAUCCCAAACAGAAAUAUUUUAAUAUAUAAUGUAUGUUAUUAAAUUAAUCCUUAAUGUGUUCACUUUUAUCUUAAAAUAAAAGACUAUAUAGUCUUAAAUAGCUUAAAAAAAUUUUUUUAGUAGUUGUGUUCUCUUGCUCUCUCUCGCCUACCUUCCUUGAUUCAGCAUUGUGAUUUUGAAAUUAAUCCAUGUUUUUCCAUGCAUCUAUAAUUCUUUUUAUUGCUAAUUGUUCUCUUGUACUGUUGGUUAACUUAUUAACAUUUGAGAUUUUUUCUAGGUUUAGACUCUUAGAAAUAAAACUGCUAUGAAUAGUUUUUUAUAGGUCAUUGUGUGGAUGUAGAUUUUAAUUUUUCUUGGGGAAACACUUAGUAAAUGGUUCAUUCAUAUGGUAGAUAUGUCUUUUUCAGAAACUGACAAACUGUAUUCUAAAUUUUGUUUUUUGUCAGAGUAAAUGAGAGUUUUAGUUUUUAAAAGGUUUAAAACUUUAAAAACUACCUAAAUUUGGCUAUUACACUCCUUCCUAAGAAUGAAAGUAAAUUUUUGAAAGUAUAUAAAAAUGUGUCAAAUAUUAUUUUGCAUAAAACUUUUCAUAUGAACCUUAUAAAGCUGUAGUUAAUUUGUGUAGAAAAGAUUUAAUAAGUAUGUGAGUUUAAAUAGUCUGUCAAGAUAUAUAUGAAAUAUAACCUAUAAUAUUGAAAAUAGGAAACUA